AUCAUUUGGAAAGUCUGUUCACCCUGCGCACCAGUCGCCCUUACGAGCUGAACCAGAGACGGAUAGGAAACCCCGCAGCAAAGCGCGAGAGCCGGCCUUCGCUCCGAACCCGUCUCGGCUGGUCCGUUCAGAGGUGUCGCUAAAGGAUUAAUGAGCCAGAAAGGCACCCAGCUUCUCCUCUAAGGCUCAUUUCGGCGUUUUUCGACUUUACGCCUGGACUGCCUUACAUCUUCCCUUUCUUAUUCACUUCACUUGAGGAUACCUGUACCUCUACUGAUGGAACAGGGUCACUCCAACGUUCUCCUGCAGCCACCCAACACCACCUAAUAUUUCCUGGAAGAACGUGUCCAUCACCCGCUCUCAACAAACAUGGACUGUUUUCCCAUGCUUUAUUUUCUGUCGAGACAUCAUGAUUCCUGGUAAUCGAAUGCUGAUGGUCAUUUUAAUAUGCCAAGUCCUGCUGGGAGAGAGCAACCAUGCUAGUCUGAUACCUGAAGAAGGGAAGAAGAAAGUACCGGGCCUGCAGGGUCGUUCGGCCGCUCAGAGCCAUGAACUGCUGCGGGACUUCGAGGCCACGCUGCUGCACAUGUUCGGCCUCAAGAGGCGGCCGCGGCCCAGCCGCUCGGCCACUGUGCCACGCUAUCUGCUGGACCUCUACCGACUACAGUCGGGGGAGGCUGAAGACGUCGGAGUGCAUGACAUCGCGUUUGAGUAUCCGGAGAGGUCAGCCAGCAGGGCCAACACUGUGAGGGGCUUCCACCAUGAAGAGCACAUGGAGAGAGUGCAUGAGCGAGAUGAUGGAGGAGCUGCACCCCUUCGCUUCCUGUUUAACCUCACCACCAUUCCAGAGGAUGAGCUGCUGUCAUCAGCCGAGCUGAGGCUUUACCGUCAUCAGAUCGACGAGGCCAUCACCGAAAACCUCAGAGAUGACCAGGGGCUUCACCGGAUAAACGUGUAUGAGGUGCUGAAGCCCCCACGGCCCGGGCAGCUAAUCACCCAGCUGUUGGAUACGCGGCUGGUGCGACACAACGCAUCACGCUGGGAGAGCUUCGACGUAAGCCCUGCCGUGUUGCGCUGGACUCGUGAGCGCCUCCCGAAUUACGGGCUGGCGGUUGAGGUCCUGCACCUCAACAAGACUCCACAGCACCAGGGUCGACAUGUCCGCAUCAGCCGCUCGCUCCACCAGGAGCCUGGCGAGGACUGGGAGCAGCUGCGUCCCCUCCUGGUUACCUUCGGCCAUGAUGGUAAGGGUCACCCGCUGACCCGCCGGACCAAGCGUAGCCCCAAACAGCGGGGUCGCAAGCGCAACCGCAGCUGCCGGCGCCACGCACUGUAUGUGGACUUCAGUGAUGUAGGCUGGAAUGACUGGAUAGUGGCUCCCCCUGGCUACCAAGCCUAUUACUGCCACGGAGAAUGUCCCUUUCCUCUGGCAGAUCAUCUGAACUCAACCAACCACGCUAUUGUUCAGACAUUGGUGAACUCUGUGAACAACAACAUUCCUAAGGCCUGCUGCGUGCCGACAGAGCUCAGCGCCAUCUCCAUGCUCUACCUGGACGAACAUGACAAGGUGGUCCUAAAAAACUACCAGGAAAUGGUGGUGGAGGGCUGCGGCUGCCGCUAACACACAGACUGAAAAGAACUCGGACUGGCGACUUGAAAAAAAGCUACAUAGACACUAAAACAAAGCAGAAGGUCUUUUACUACCAAAAAUGUUCACUUGGACCCUUAUUUAUAACUUUUAUGUUGAGGUGUAUGUUUGUCUCACUUUUUUUGUUCUUUUGACAAUAUGAUCAUAUAUUUUGACAAAAUAUAUAUAUUUAUAUCUACAUAUUAAAAAUAAAUUGAGUUCUUAUUUUAAACAUAAAAAGCUGUACAACUUUUCAUAAUGUACAUUAGAUUGUAUAAGGUUUUUUUUAUUGAGAAAUAGUAAAAACGAUCUAAAAAGUAAAGUUUAUUUACUGGUAAUAUUUAUUCUUCGUUUAUUUUUUCAUUGGAUUUACAAUUUGAGAAAAAAACUAUGACUUUUGAACACAAACACAUUCAAACAGAUCACACGAUGCACCCUCUAUGUAUUGAAGAAAAUAAGAGCACUGUUAGGAUCAACAAUAUCGUAAUUCUUUCUUACAAAGGUAAAAGAAGGAUGGUUGAAAGAAUCAAAAAUGUAAAUUUAUUUUAAUCAACCAUUUUACUUUUAAAUAAAACUAAUCAUUUUAAUGAAGCCCUCAAACACAAUCCAUGUAACCAUCAUGUUGGGACGUUAAAACAUUAUGUCGGGCAGAAUUGUUUUGUUUAUUGAAAUAUGAAUUUGGAAUCAAAUUCGUAAAAAAGUCAGUCUGGUCCGAGGGGCUUUAAAUUUGGUUGUUUUUAUUUUUAGGGUUUUUUUGGUAUAAAAUGGAUGAAAGCAGAGAAAUCUCUUUGAUCCUUUAUGAUUUACAAAACACGUUUUAGAAGGCAUUCAACUGACUGAGUGAUUUAGAUCAAAGAAAGUAAAAUAAUGGUAAUUAUCACCAUGCUCCUGUUCUGCAUUUUCUACAUCUUCAUUUUAUUUCCAAAGACAGAAGCUGUUAAAGAAAUGUAAUGCCUUUGAAAGCGAGCAGGCCUUUAGGUUAGGGCAUUAUUGUUCUCAAAUUUCACUUUUAUGUCAAUUAGGCUAACAUGUGGUGGUUGGACACUCACUAAUCCAAUUGCAGCCGGGGCGGCUUGUUGAGCCUGACUGUGGGAGAGUGAUUCUAUUGUUCCUGACGUCCCCACAUUGGGGGCAUGAUUGUGGUCGAUGCGUCCUGCCCUGCUACGAGGCGGCUGAGUCCUCAGAAGAAUCAAAGGUUAGACGCUCUGUCUCCUGCCUUUGUCUUCGAUGGCUCAUGCCGUCAGAGCAAAGACGCCUGUCUCCAACCUGUGCCCCAUCACACAAUAGGCUUCUACAUCACUUAUUUACAAGCUGACGGCUGUCCUAAAUUAUAUGAUAAUGUUUGGAGAGAGGGACCCCUUUGAACUGCCGGGGGGAUGGCGGCUGUGCAUUGUUUCAUUGAUACACAGAGUGCGCUGUUCAUCAACAGGUACAUAUAUAUCAUACUGCUUACAUACAAUUAUAAAGCUAAGGGAAUAAUCACUGAAUGAGGGAUUUUUUUUUUACAACUCCUUUAAAAUUGCUAAAAAUUAACUCUCAACUUCAAUUAAUCAGUGACAAUUCCUCAAAAGAGAUUUAUAAAACUACUUUUUUCCACUCUAAAUGUUUCAUUGCUAGUUUUUUGUGGCAUAUGACAAAGCUACAUAUUUGGGUGUUCUCUCUUAGCAACAAUCAGGUUUUUAACUGGAGCAUGAGCAGGCCCUUAGGCCCUCUGAGGGCCGCUGGGCUUCUCUUUGAUGCCUGCAUAUCAGCGUCAAAAGGAGGGAAAAGAUGAAGAAGAAUUUCAUUUUGAAGUGGCUGAGGGCAGAGGAGAAGGGGCUGAGGGUAGGAAGUAUAUAUAGGUGUGUGUUCAGAGGAGGAGGGAGUCUUUUAGAAGCUUGACAGUGCAAUUACAACAUUUCAACUGAUUUUCUACCCCUGAAGAGGAGAAUGCUACCAGCCAUCAAUUUCUUGCCUGCUCCAUAUUCCACUUACCAACACAGAUAGAGGACACAGGUUUCUCAAAAGGACUGGAAAAAGGUUGUUUAUAUAAACUUAGCAGUCAGCUAGCCUUUUUGUUAACCAGCUUACAAGCCUCAUGUCUGGACUUAAAGGUGCGUCUAUGUGUUUGUGUUUGUGUGUGUGUGUGUGUGUGUGUGUGUGUGUGUGUGUGUGUGUGUGCGUGGAGGCGGAGGAACUUAAUCCUUCAGCAGCAUCACACCUCAAGUCCUGAACCCUUCACUACGAGUUCUCCGCCACAUGAUUGUGAAGAACUUCAGGAAACAGACAGAUAAAUGUGAGUGUGUGUGAGUAAGUGUGUGUGAAGGGAGUUAAAGACGGAGGGGAGGGGGUUGGGGUCAAUUACAGAAUGAGUCCUUAAAAACAGAUUGAGGGCUUUGUCAUUCCUAUGUGACGUGCCACUCAGUCUCCUGUAAGUGCUCGUUCUCACGCAAUUACAGGUGAGUCAUUACGCAGUGGGUCUAUUGACACUGAAGGACUAAUUGACCGGGUGAAGUCUUCAAAAAGCUUUUUAUUUGGACGUUCCUCCAUAAAAGCUGAGUGUUUAUAGACAGCGAACCUCCCUACAGGAACAAAGGAAGAUGAUCCUCGCUUUGCAUCGCCCUGUUUGAGUGGGCGCACUCCAUACCUCUACUUCAAACCUUUCUUUUCUUCAGUUCACAGAUGUUACGGAUCUGCAUGUGUGUGUGUCUCCAUGAAUGGGCUCCUAAGUCAUGUGACACAAAAACACUUCAAAAAUAAACUUUACCCAUGAAUAGAA